AUGGAGGAGGAAUUGAAGAGCACGAGAUUGUCAAUGUUUGCUUUGUGUUUUGGAGCAAUGGUGUUCAUCUUUUUUCUCCAGAUUAUUAUUGCCAUAGGAGAUAAAAAUAUAUGGAAUGUGAAAUUAAGGACCAAGCUAUCAAUUUCUCUAGGGGUCCUUGAUCGGAAUGUAAACGUUAGUGCUGCUGCAAUCACUUGUGACUACUCUCAUAAAGAAUAUGAUCUUUGCACAAUCAACGGCUCAACGCUUUUGGAUCCAACAUCCUCAACAAUCUUUGCUGUGAAUCCUCACACACAGAAUAAAUCCCAUGCAGUAUUGAAAUUCCGUCCUUACCCUCGUAAAAGUGACAAAGCAGCAAUGUCCUUUGUGAAAGACCUCAAUCUAAUUGUAGCCCAACCCAAGCUAUCAUGCAAUGUCACACACCAUACCCCAGCCCUCGUAUUCAGUGCGGCCGGGUACACCGGAAACCAUUACCAUGAAAUAAACGAAAUCUUCAUCCCACUCUUCAUCACCACCAAUUCACUAUACCCUAAUCAAGAUGUAACACUUGUGGUGACGGAGGGUAAGAUGUGGUGGUUUCAAAAAUACGCAGAGUUAUUAUCUGCGUUUAGUCCCGACCGUCCGAUCAUCGACGCAAACAACCUAUCAAAGGUGCAUUGUUUCCCAUCAGCCACCUUAGGGUUGAUGAAGCAUGGACCCAUGAUCAUAGACCCAAAAUUAAUGCUACCAAACCCUAAAACACUUAUAGAUUUCCGUGCAUUCCUAGGGAAAGUAUACACUAAAUCGGGUACCCCAUUUAUGUACAGAAAAGAAAACGAGAAGCCUCAUUUGACAUUGAUCAGUAGAACUGCGAGCCGAGCGAUUAUGAACGAAGAAGAUGUGAUAAAGGUGGCUGAGGAAUUAGGGUUUAUCGUGCAUGUGUUUGAGCCAUCAAGAAGUACUCCUAUGGAGAAAGUGUAUGGGGUGGUUCAUGGCAGUGAUGUGUUGUUGGGGGUGCAUGGAGCAGGGUUAACAAAUUUUUUGUUCAUGAGGGAAGGGUCAGUGUUGGUUCAAGUGGUGCCAAUUGGACUUGAAUGGGUUUCGAGAACUUACUAUGAGAAACCACCAAAGUAUUUGGGGGUGGAAUACUUGGAGUACAAGAUUGAGGUGAAUGAGAGUAGCUUGUUCGAGAAAUAUGGUGCUGAUAGCUUGGUGGUCAAGAACCCAGGUGCUUUUCAAGCCAAAUGGCCUCAGAAAAGGCUACAUUGGACUCAUCAAAAUGUUACCAUUGAUAUACCUAGAUUUAGAAACUGUUUGAUAAAAGCUCAUGAGAAGGCCAAAAUAUUCAUCACAAAGUUAAUUAGUUAG